AUGCGCAGUACAAGCCCCGAGCCCUUUAAACACACUGUACGUGCAAAGAUGGCAGCUCCAGUCGACUUGCUCCGUGCGAAAGUGAACGACGAACGCAUAAGGGACAACUAUGACAGAUUCAUCAAAGAGAAGAAAAAGAAGAAAAGGGAUUUGUCUCCGUCAGCUGACAAAAGAGAACAAUUUGAGAAAGAGGCGAAAAAGAUGAAGCUCCAUCAUCAUCAUCACCAUCACAACCACCAGCAGCAGCUGCACGCCGAGAACCGGAGCCACCAACCGCAUCAGCUGCAGCAGAACCCCAAAGCCCAGAACUUCAGCCCGGAUAAACACGUUCUCCACCUCCACCAUCACCACCACGGCCACCGCCAUCCCGGCCUCACCAACGGCGCCAAGAAGAGCCUACAGCCCGCUUUCCCAGCUCAGAAGCGAGCCGUUCCCCCGCAGCCACCUGCGCUCUUCACUUUCACGCCCCUCAAAGUGGUGAAGGCCCAGCCGCAGGAGCUUAAAGACAAGCACCGGGAGAAGGAGCACAAGCUGAAGCUGAAGAAGGAGAACUCGGAGGCCAACGUGAAGCUUCCUGAACUGAAGAAGAAAAAGUUGAUGCCCAACAAUGAAAACGGAAAGUCUCUAACACUAGAGGAAUAUCUUCUGAAGAAGAAGAAAAAGAAGAAGAAGCAUCGUGACGAUGAUCAAGGUGCUAAGAAGGUCCGACAUCUGCACACCAAAGCGGUUCAGACUGUAUGCGCUGGGCUUGGGGCUGACCUCACAGUCCCUAUUAACCCUGAAGCUCCGCUGCCCGCCGCGAUAAAGCAAGAAAGCACUCGGCUUCCUGGCAGAGAACCUGCCGACAACUAUCCACCUUACCUCCAAGCGCUCAAAAUGGGCCGCACUCCUUUCCUCUCGCAUCAGGACCACUACAUCCGCAGCUCCUGCCUCCAGACCGGUACCAGAUAUGGACGCUUUAUUCACGAGGAGAAACAGCCCAACGGAGGUGGAUUUGUGCUGCAUGCUUAUGCAGACGAGUUGGCGUGCCUCAGUCCAGCUGAGAUGGAGGGAUUCGCCCGGGAGUUCCUGGAGCUGACCUUUGCCGAGAAGCCCAAAGGUGCAGCGGUCUACGCCUUGACUGUGAUCCACGGUGCGGCUUCGUACCUGCCUGACUUCCUGGACUAUUUUGCCUUCAACUUCCCCAGCACACCUGUCAAAAUGGAAAUACUUGGGAAGAAAGACAUUGAGACCACCACUAUCAGCAACUUCCAUUCUCAGGUGAGCCGGACUUAUUGUUCUGGAACGUACCGAGCCGGACCCAUGAGGCAGAUCAGCCUGGUCGGCGCCGUGGACGAAGAAGUCGGAGAUUAUUUCCCAGAGUUCUUGGACAUGCUGGAGGAGUCGCCGUUUCUGAAGAUGACCCUUCCUUGGGGAACCCUCUCCAGUCUGAAGCUGGACUGUCGCUCUCAGAGUGACGACGGACCCAUCAUGUGGGUCCGACCGGGAGAGCAAAUGGUUCCAACGGCUGACAUGCCCAAGUCUCCAUUUAAGCGUCGCAGAUCUAUGAAUGAAAUAAAAAACCUGCACUACCUACCGAGGGCCAGUGAACCCAGAGAGGUUCUGUUUGAAGACCGGACUAAGGCCCAUGCUGAUCAUGUGGGUCAGAGUUUCGACUGGCAGAGCACAGCUGCGGUGGGGGUCCUGAAGGCUGUGCACUUUGGAGAAGGGGAUAACCGCCCUCGGAUUACCAAGGAUGUAGUGUGUUUUGAUGCUGGGGACUUUAACGAGGUUGUCCAGAGGCUGCAGCUGGAUCUUUAUGAGCCCCCAGUUUCUCAGUGUGUCCAGUGGGUGGAUGACGCCAAGCUGAAUCAGCUGAGGAGGGAAGGCAUCCGGUACAUCCGUGCUCAGCUCUGCGAUGACGACAUCUACUUCAUCCCCAGGAACGUCAUCCACCAGUUCAAGACGGUGUCAGCCGUCUGCAGCCUGGCCUGGCACAUCCGGCUCAAACAGUACCACUCGGCCGAAGACGCGGAUGCCACGGAGGAGCAACAACAGCCCAAAGAUCUCAGCCCCACAUCAGGCCGAGUCUCGUUUUCCUCCCCUGCCAGACCGGACUCCACCCUCACCCCUUGCUCACGACGCCAGCCGGACAGCAUCCACGGCGGGGUGGCCAAAACCGAGGAGCCCGAGUUCCAGAGGCCGGCCACGCCGUCGAAGGAGCCUCAGCCGGCCCCUCCUCAGCCCACCAAAUCCACUCGCCUCCCCCACCUUUACCCCACCUCGGUCCACUCUGGAUGCACGCCCUCGAAGGAGCCCUCGCUGCCAAAGGCUAACGGCCACACCACGGAGAUCCCCAAAUGAUCCCAGUCAGCCCUUCUUUCGUCCAGCUAUAGCAGGAAGUCUUUCAAAUUUUAGACUAAAUUCGACAUCUGAGUCAAUCAGGAAGCUUUUAAAUUAUUCUUCUUUUUUAUCUCACAAUAAUGGUGUGUUUUUGUCUUCUUUUUUUAACCUACUGUAAUGUUAUUGUUUAAUGGGACAGAAUAAUAUAUAUAUAUAUAUAUUUAGUUUUUGGAUGUAAAGAAUCUUAUUAUUUUUAAACUGAUAUUGUCAAUUGCCACAUGUGCUGUGUGAAAGAAGCUUUUUUCAAUUUCACGGUGAAGUUGUUUCUCAAAAACUAAUUCACCCAUUAACCCGGAUGUGUUCUUUAUCAUUAACAGAAUCUCUUCAGUUGCAUGAACCUGCCAUGCUAUCAUGUUUGACCUCUGAAACUUAUGAAGAUCACCUUAAGCCCGGGAUUAUGUAUUUUUAUUCGAUUGAUUUGGAAACACGGGCAACUGAGUGCAGUGAGCUCAGCGCAGAUUGGGCAGGGUAUUAAUUUAGCUUGGCUGAGGUCACUUUACGUCAAAGUAAGAUUGAAAAUCCCCCAGAAAUUGGAUGUCUAUUCUUCAGAAAAUCCAGUAAUGUUUGAAGCACUUUCCUUACCCGAUGUGUAAAACUUCAGUGGUUUGACCGUUGUAGCUAAUAUCAGGGUGGCAGCAUUUCUGGGAACUGGCAGCCUGAUGGCAACAGUAGUAGCAUAUCCCUGGUGAGUGAUACAAAUUCACAUCAUGGCCCUUGUUGGUGUGCUUGGUCAUUAAACCAAGAAUUUGUAGCAAGACUGACCACAAGACAGCCUAACUCUGGCCACACUGAGCAGGCAUUACUCAAAGUAAUUUCUUACAACACCAUUUACACCACAGCAGCUAUGUGCUUGGUAUUCAACAAAUAAAAAGGAUCACCUGGGGGAAGUUUGAGGUUUUCUGUUGUCUGCAGCUCAAUAUGUUUGGGAGAAUUGUUUUGAGAGACGAGGAAGCGCAAACAAUGUCUCAUUAGGUUCAUGUAUUAAUUUUUGUUGUAACUAAAAAAGGAGAAAUUGUUUACCGAGGUAUGAUCCUUCACAGCAGCGCUGUACAUGGUAGAGGACGUGCAGGAUUCUCAAGUUUAAAAUGAAGUUCCACAUUUUCUGAUUUGAUACUUGUGGGUGAGUAUCUAGUCUGCAGGAGGGUGAUGCUUCCCUUUAAACUGAAUCCCGAAGGCCGCUAUGAAGUGGACUAAUUUACCCCUUUAAAAGCAUUUGUGUUAGUGAAUUUAAGGCACUUAAAUCUUUUUUUGCCAGCUAUGACUUGUAUUUAUAAAGUAAUAAUUCAAACUUUGUUUUAUAUGUGAACUCGUUUAAUUGUUUAUACCUUUUUUUAAUAUUUAUUUUCUGCAGAUUCUGAUUUCUGAUCCAGUAUCUCGAGCAUCUUUUAAUCACAAAGGAACUUCAAAAGUUGCACUUAGCAAUAAUAGUCAGUCAUUUUUCAUGUUUAGAAUGAAAAUGGAGUGUAAUAUGUCGUUGUGAUAGCUGAGAUUAUGUGAAUGUUGUGAUGGUUUUAUUGUUUUUUUUUUCAUCAAAAUCCUUUGUAAGGUGAUGACUUUAGGUAGUUUUAGAAAGAUUGUAUAGGAUGAAGGCUAGAAAUUAUGUUCCACAGCGUCCAGACAUUGGAUUGAGGUUGAUUCCUUCAGUUUCUUGUUUUCAGAAUGAUUUUUAUAAGGAAGAAAGUGACGUCGUGCUACUUAGUGCCUUUUGCAUGAAUAGCCGAACUUAACACUGAAGGCUUCUAUUUUUUUGACGACUGAAAUGGGAAAUAAGUACCUGGUAGCAAAUACAUAAUAGUUUGGCUUUUCUAAAUCACAGAAUUGAUUUUUUGCUAUGUUAUUAUGGCUUCCAUAUAGUCUUGACUUCUUGUAGCUCUUCUUUCUUGAAGAUUUUUAGAUUUAGUUUUUUUUUUUCCCUUACUUGUUGGCAUCAUAAAUUACAGACAGAAAGAUACAGGAUGCAUACAUUGUUUACCAUUGUAAAAUAAUCAAAUUAUGCUUAAAUAAGAAAAACACAAUUGGAAUGCAGAGAUAUUUUUUAAUAAAUAAAUGUGCAGUUGCAGCAUAUCCAUAUGCAUGACAUUCAAUAUUUAUCAGAAUAACCGUUUUAUCAUAUGUUUUUAAAUAAUAUGGCGAAGAAGGACUGAACGAUGCGAAGUGCAGCACUCAUGAGGGAGGAUUUGUUAUACCCGUUUUCCUGUUUCACACUGAAAGCAUACAUGCAAUCACAAUCAUCACACACAGGCACAUUUAAAUUUAGCCCUAUCACAAUGUAACGGCUUUGCCUUCAGCACAAAUAAAACUUAAAACUAUAGAAACUCACUCCAAGCGGUUUCUCAUAUCCAAAUAUUUAAAGUCCCACUUGAGUCGAUGUUGCUUUUUGUUUUGUAGAAGGCACUGUUCAGUAGUUAAAAAUUUGCUUUACUUUAUAAAUUGCACAAAGACUGGGCCCUUCCUGUGUGUUUCCUGAUGGGAGGUGCUGCUGCACAGAAACUCGUUUCGGCUUUUCUUUGCUCUUCUUCUGCUGUGUCGGAUGUUUUCUUGACAAAUUUGUAAUAAACCUGCUUCUGUCCCAAAGUCA